GAGAGAGAGAGAGAGAGAGAGAGAGAGAGAGAGAGAGAGAGAGAGAGAAACAGAGCAACGGGGACGUUGGCUUUCUCUUUGUACUGGAUGAAGAAGAGUUGACUGCCUUCCUUUUUAUGUAAGCUGAGUUUGUAUGCUGUAAAUAGGCCAAUAAGCCGGUUACUCCUUUGUACGUGGGAGCGUUUCUUCUGCAGCUCGGACAACAAAGGCAGCUCCUCAUUUCAGCAGGAUAUUACAUCUCGCUUAGAAGGACAAUAAUCGAGCGUCGAUCGCCUCGUGUUUGUCCACCCCCCCAAACCCCCCUCUUUUUGCACCUCCGGCCCGGGGGGUUGCAUCGGAUCUCUCUCGUCAACCCCUCCGCCGAACCGAGCGAGCAUGGCGGCCGUCACGAGCCCGGAGACGAGCCCUCAGCCCCGGGUGUAUUUCCAGACGCCGGCCGGCACCACGGAGGAGCCCGAGACCCCCGUUCGCAAGCAGGGACGCGUCACCGUCAAAUACGACCGCAAGGAACUGAGGAAAAGACUCAACUUGGAGGAGUGGAUCAUCGACCAGCUAACGGACCUCUACGACUGCGAGGAGGAGGCCAUCCCAGAACUUGAGAUCGAUGUGGAUGAACUGCUGGAUAUGCCCAGUGAUGUGGAGCGGGCCGCCAGGGUCAAGGACUUACUGGUGGACUGCUUUAAACCCACUGCGGAUUUCAUCUCAGAGCUCCUGGACAAGAUCCGAGGGAUGCAGAAGCUUUCCACACCUCAGAAAAAAUGAUGGCAUCCUUCCCUUCCAUCAUCCUUCGUUCAUCAGCCACCUCUCGUCUUCCUCGCACCCACCCUUCUCACCCGUUUUGUCACUCAAGUCAUCAAGUGCUGGAGUUUAAGGGAAGACUAGUCAUAUUUUACUCGGCAGGUCAGGGGUUUAGUCAAAAAGUUCAUCGUCUGCUUUGUUUUGGAGGUCGUUUUUCGACGGAAGUCCUUGCAGAGUUUAGGGGUGAUCUUUACUGUACACCACCAAUGCCUCCUUUUUACCGCAUUUACUGCAUUGAAAGACUGCUGAAAAAAAAAAUCUGCACUCUGACCAUCAACAAUUAUACACGGUGUAUUUUUAGACCAGCGUCAAUCGAAAAAAAAAAGGAAAAAAAAGAAGGAAAAAAAAAAAGAUCGUACUGUAGAUGUGGCUAAAGUAGGUUUUCUUAAAUUCCAGUGUGUUUUUCUGCCCUCUAAUGUGCAGUGGGCCCGCGCAUAUUCUGGUUGCUAAAUGUUACAAUCAUCAUAGCACGUUUUCUUCAUUUGACAGUUUUUUUUUUCUGCUGUUCUUUAUGAGAAAGUUAUUUUUUAGUAAAGGACUGGUUCCUCUUAGUUGAUUUGUUUUGGGCGGGUCACUCUCUCUUGCAGUCCCUCAACUAAGCUGCCUUGUUGUUUUUAUAAUUGUUAUAAUCUUCUAUGUCACUCUUUAUUCCCUUUCUUGCUGCUGCUCUUGCUCCCUUUCUGGCCAUUUUCAGCCCACUUCAUUCUUUUGUGCUCAGCUCGUUGCGGUCACGUGAAGGUGGGAAGUGUCACCAGAGCUGUCUCGGGAUUUCAUGAUGUCAUCAAAGUCACCAAUCGCGUGACGGGUGUUAGCAAAGGUUCAAUUUUGAACACUUUGAAUACACCCCCCACCCAACCCCUCACCCACCCCGUCAAAAUUGAGGACUGGAAAAGCAUGAAUCUACACAGCUGUCUCUCAGCUGCGUUUCUAGCUGCAGCUGCCAGUUACAUCAGAGAAUGAGCCAUUUGUCUCGAAUCUCAUGCCUGUCCGGUCCAGAGAGUGAUCGGUGGCCAAUAGGAGAAGCACAAACGUUUUGCUGUGAUUCCUGUGACCAAUCGCCAGCACCUGUGGCGGCGGCAGCAGGACAACGCUAUCAUGUGUGCGCGCCGUCUCAUUCGUGUCCUCGCUCUCCUCCAUUUUCAUCCGCUUGCUUCUUUUCACGCUUUCUUUUCUUUAAGAAACAGAUGUUGCCUUAGGUAUUAUUUAUGUUACACAAACCAAAUAAAUGGAGGACUUUUUUUUUAAGGUGUAAAGUGUGUUACUGAGCUUUUUUU